UACCCACCUCAAGUCCUCAACCACCCACCAAAUUACAUGAUCCAACCGCCAGAAUGUAAAACAAUUGACAACUGCAAAAGUUAAACAAAUACGAAAUAAAAGUCCCAGGUGUACCGCGAAAUUUACUUUAUAGUCGGUUUAAGCUUGUACUGGGAUAGUACGUGUAUAAAGAUAACUAUACAAUAUCUAUCCUGGAAAUGAAAUUCGUAGCAACUAUAACCGCAGUCGUUUUACCGCUGUUCCUACUGUUAGCGAUCAAGCCGAUCGAUGCUUGUUUUUUGAGAUACAUGUGGAAAAAUGUAAUCAAGAACAAGCCGAUCGAAAAUGACAACACCCUGAUUCAACAAGACGCGGUCGAAAAUUACAACGCUCCGAUUCAACAAGACGCGGUCGAAAAUAUCAACGCCUUGGUUCAACAAGGCAGGGUCGUAGGUGAAGAAAUCAAUCAGUCAGCAGAAGAUUCAAUCUAUUCAGACCAUCGAUCAAUGUUUGUCGACGAGACUAGCUUAGAUUUUGUCUAUUGGAACUCAUACCUUGGAAAUAAUAAAUCAAUAAUAAUUGAAUUUGGCAAUGAAAAACAAAUAAUCAAUCAUUGGAUUAGGGGUCAACCUUUAAAAGUCAUAACACAUGGAUGGCGUGGAUCAGACGAAGAUGACAGAGGAGUGUUUUCUAUAAAAACUGCAUAUGUUGAUGCUGGAGGAUUCAACAUCAUCACCGCGGACUGGAAUCGGGUGGCAAGUAACAUAAUGUACCCAAUGCCGGCCUAUUUGACCGUUCAGGUGGGUUCCAUAAUCGCCAAAUUUUUGGAAAAUGUUGUCAACCUCGCGGUAAUUGACCCUUCUGAUAUUCAUGUUAUCGGCCAUAGUCUCGGUGCUCAUGUGUCCGGGGCAUGUGGUGCUGCAUUCAGCCUUGGGAAAAUUGGCAGAAUUACAGGUCUAGACCCUGCUGGUCCUGGAUUCGAGUACGUGUCAUUCCGUUCAGACUACCUAGACGAUACUGACGCAACAUUUGUGGAUGUGAUUCAUACGGCAAUAGGGACAGCUGGAUACUCGAAAGCCAUAGGACACGCUGAUUUUUAUCCAAAUGAGGGGAAACCUCCUCAACCAGGGUGCUUAGAAUCAUACACACCGAGUGGGCUAGCAAAGCUCAUCGGUUGCAGCCAUUCGAGAUCGCAUCAAUUUUACACAGACUCCAUCUACCAUAGGAAUUCGUUUCUAGCUACAGAAUGUCCUACAUGGGACGAAUAUACGAGUGGUGAAUGCAAAAAUAAUAAUAAAAACUACAUGGGACAUGACGCAGAUCCAAAAGCGAGAGGAAUUUUUUACCUAGAGACCAACGGUGUUCCCCCUUAUGGAUUGUCGAAUACAUGAAAACAUAAGCCACAGUCUUACACACGAUUGUUUUUUUUUUGUUUAUGUACAGCUUCUUUACUAUUUUUCAUUUCAGUUUAAAAACUAUAAAAUGUUUAUUUUUAUGAUAUUUUUAAGAUUUAUGUAAUUUAUAAACAGUUUAUAAAUAUAAUAUCAUAUAUAUUCAA